GCAGUAACUAUUCCCCUCCGUCUCCGCUCGCAUAUCCAGUACUAAAUAAACUAGAUCGAAGAGGAUUCAGAGCAAAAUCUCCACGAGAGGCUCGCUUUUUGAAUCCAAAGCUCCAAUCUUUCAGGUGUUUCUGUUUCGGUUCGUGUUCUGUGAAGCUUCUGGAGCCGAAGGAGCCCCAUCUCGCCCGGAACGGUGGCGUGUGGAGUUCAAACCAGGAAGACGUUGAAAGGGACGCGAAGACAUGAUCGAAGGAUAGACAAAUGAGGUUAAAAAUGGGUUCUUUUGAAGGAUUUUACUGAUUUGCCUCUGUCUUUUGGGAGAAAUCCACCUCUGGCAGUGAUUUGGAGGUAAGAGUAGAGCGGAUCGGUUUCGCCUCAGUGGAAAGAUUGUAUUUUGGCUGUUUAUUUGAUCCAGAGGGAGUGGAAAGUUUGGAUUUUUGGUGAGAAAGCGGAGGUUUUUGAGACGUAGAUGGCUGGUGGUCAGAGUUGGGCCUCGUGAUUUCCAGUUCUUUGUGGUUUUUGAUGGAUGUGAGAGUUUGGUAAGAAACGCUCUUCUCGUGAUCUCUUUAUGAAAGAGAGUGAGAAACAACGGUUUCUUUUGGACCUCCGAAGUUAAUGCAAACGGUGCUGGUUUGUGCGUGAGAGAAAAAGAAAGAGGGUUUUGAUCGGACGAAGAUCGGUUGUUAGGAGGGUUAGGGUUUUGUAGCCAGAUGAAAAUUAGGUAAAGGAGCAGGAGCAUCCAGCGAUUUCGUUUUUUCUUUUUUUGGUUAGAGCAGUUCUUGUGUAUUCUAGGAAAGGUUGAGAAAUUGUGGCAAAGGUAACUUUUUGCACGCUAGUUUAGAGCUCUUUCGGAUUGGUGAUGUUGACCGGAGAGAAGACAUCAACAUCAUCAUCGUCAUCUUCAGAAUUAGAUCCGCUGUUGAAGGAUCUUACAGAGAAGAAGCUGAGCUUUCAGAGGAACAUUGUUUCAUUGGCAGCGGAGCUUAAGGAUGUGCGAAGUAGGUUGGCUUUGCGGGAAGAGUCAUUUGCCCGAGAAAGCCGAACAAGACAGGUAGCAGAGUUGAAGGUGACGAACAUGGAGGAGGAGAUUGGUAGGCUGCAGAAAUGUUUGGAAGUGAGGAACGAGCAAUUGAGAGCAUCGACAUCAACUUCAGAGCAGUAUCUUAAGGAGUUGGAUGAUUUGAGAUCCCAGCUUUCAGUUACUCAAGCCACUGCAGAGGCUAGUGCUUUGUCAGCUCAAUCAGCACAAGCCCAGUGCUUGACCUUAUUGAGAGAACUAGACGAGAAAAAUACUUCACUAAAAGAGCAUGAGAUCCGAGUCAAUAAGCUAGGAGAGCAGUUAGAUAAUCUGCAAAAGGAUCUCCAAGCAAGGGAGUUUUCGCAAAGGCAACUGAAAGAUGAAGUUUUGAGAAUAGAGAAAGAGAUCAUGAAUGCAGUUGCAAUAGCUGGAGCUAAAAAAGAUUGCGAGCUUCAGAAGAUUUUGGCUGAAGUGUCCCCGAAGAAUUUUGAGAAUAUCAGCAAGCACCUGGAUGCUAAAGAUGCAGAGAUUACCAGAUUAAGAGAUGAAAUAAGGAUAUUGUCUGCACACUGGAAACAUAAAACCAAAGAAUUAGAAUCUCAGUUAGAAAAGCAUCGAAGGGCUGAUCAGGAAUUGAAGAAGAGAGUAUUGAAGCUUGAAUUCUGUCUUCAAGAAGCACGGAGCCAAACACGAAAACUUCAAAGGAUGGGAGAAAAAAGAGACAAGGCCAUAAAAGAACUAAGAGAUCAAUUGGCAAUGAAGCAGCAGAUUGGGGCUGGUUGCAAUGACAAGCAGAAGUUCUGGGAUAGCUCUGGUUUCAAGAUUGUUGUUUCUAUGUCUAUGUUGGUCUUAGUUGUUUUUGCAAAACGAUGAAGGCAUCCUUUUCCUGUUAUCUAUGUAUGCUAGUACUUGAACAAUAUUUAUUUAAAAAUAGAGGUUGGUUUUAUAAAAUUCAAAUGGACUUGUU